GAUUAGCUUCCUAUAAUUAUAAAAAGGCCUAGUAGACAAGCUAGCUAGCUAGCUAGUUCUAUAUCGCCAUGACAAGUUCGCUAACUCUAAGUGACUACACUAGCCUCACCUCUGACGGGCAGGAUUGGGCAUGCCCUAGGUGUACUGCUAUCAACUCAACAAACAAUGUCAACUGUCAAGCUUGUACAGAGGGCAGAAACCCUCACCAUGGCAAUACAGAUAACCUCAAGGAAUUGGUGAUAGAGCAGGAGAAAUGGUUCAGUCAAGCUGCUCCAAAAGUAGAGAGAAGUAUAACAGAUCGAUUUAAAACUUUCCUAGGAGGCUGGACGUGUCCUGUGUGUAAAAUAGACCAAAGAUUCGGCAAUUCUUGUACAACUUGUGGCCAUUCCCUCAAUCCUGUGAAAUCAGUCAAGCCACCAAAGCAGUCGCUAAAAUCACAAAAAAGUAGCAGCACAACCUCCUUGGGAAAUGUGUUUCAGUCAAUCCGAGGUUCAUUUAUAUUCAAUAGUAACAAGAAACCUGUCUCAGCCAGUAAUCUCAGUACAGACACUCAUCUCUAUCCAUAUCCCUCUAGUUCUGUUGACAAACACCGACAUACAGGAAUGAUGGUACUUGUGAGCAAAGACGAACACGGGAUUACAGAUGAGACAAUUUCACUUGAACAAGGAGGUGAAGACUGCCUCCCACAUAUUCAACCGCGACCAACUAGCAUUGACUCUGGGACAUACACAAUGUCAGAUAUAACAUCUCAAGCCAGCCACUUGGAACCAUCAGACAGUCGCUACAACUCUCCCGUUUCCUGCACCGACCUCAGCAAAGAGGCUGCUUGGAAGUGCACGGUUUGCAGCGCCUUUAACAGAGCAGUGAUUGGACAGCUCAAGUGUUGCGUGUGUAAUAUCGGAGAUGCACCGCGUGAUAUUGUACCAUUACUGAUACAGCAGAAGGAGUAUCAUCAAGCCAUCGAAGUCACCAACAAUGAAAUAUCCCCUCAGCCAGUUCAUCGUAAUGGACCCACCAACAGCUCUGGGCAGAGUGCUGACAGAAAGAGACGUCGUACAAUGUUGCUUCAUCUAACUGAAGCUAACAACGAGACUAAGCUACACCGGAGGAGCAGCUGGGGGGAUGACUGCACUCCAUCACCAGCUAAGAACUGCACUCAACUAAUGGAGUGUAAGCGGAGGGAGGAAAUAAGCAGAGCCAAUGAGAACUAUGACAGGAUCAGACAACACUACAUACGACAGAAAGGAUACCAUCAAGCCAUCGAAGUCACCAACAAUGAAACAAGACUACAAAACCCUUCACAUGAAAUAUCCACACCACAGAAUGUCAGCCCUCAGCCAGUUCGUCAUGAUGUACCCAUCAGUAGCUCUAGGCAGUAUACCGAGAUAAAGAGGAGGAGCAGCUGGGGGGAUGACUGCACUCCAUCACCAGCUAAGAACUGCACUCAACUAAUGGAGUGUAAGCAGAGGAAGUACAGUACCUUUCUGGACCAGCAACUGUUUGAAUUACAAGAAAAUAAUUCUGAGCUUGUGGCUACUAAUCAGACGAUUGAGAGGCAGCUGGUUGAACAAGAGGAGCAGCUGCAGAGAGCAGAGCCCACUGAGAUACAGCUGUCAGAUAUGCUGACUGACCUCCAUCAGGUGGUGGGGUGGUUCCUACUGGGCGUCCAUCUUGGUGUCCCUCUGUCAGAUCUACAGAAGAUACGGCAUCAGUUCAACGAGAACGUGGAUAAAUGCAAGAUGGAGAUGCUUAUCACUUAUUCCAAACUGAAGGAGCCAUCUUGGGUGGAUAUUGUGGAUGCCUUGAGAAGAUCAGGAGAACGUGCACUAGCCGUGAGAUUGGCACGCAAACAUGGGGUGACAUUGACGGAGGAGGGCACAGAAUCUCAGGAGGAGGAGAGUGUUUCCGUUCUUCUACCAAACGGAACAUCUGAGGUUAAGUCGAAACUUGUCAACUGUAUCCAUUCCAAAGAGAGCAAACUUCAGAACACACUCCAACAGCUUCAUCGAGAGCAAGCCACGAAGGAGGAUCUGGAGCGAGAGCUAAUCCACCUUCGCCACAGCCUUUCAUCGAUGGAUGGAAGCGUAGGUUUCAAACAAAACUGCCAAAAACUGACUCAACAACUGUUUUUGAAAGAGCGCGAGAGAGCUCACUAUUCCCUGGUGAGCAUGGACCAACAAAACGGAGACAAGAACAUACACCGCCACGAGAUUGAUAUGAUACUGGUCGAGAAAGAUGUGGAAAUUUUUUGGAUGAAGAGGCGGCUUGAAGAAUUAGAAACACAGUUUUUGAUAGAAACAGAAGAGUUGAAAGCAAAGCUGAUUUUGCUUGAAUCUGAGGUGACCAUAAAAGAUGCUCACAUCGUGGAACUGGAGAAAUCUAAGAAGGAGCUGAAUAACUGCCUAGCCAGCGAGCGGUAUUGAGUGGACCUAGUACUGCUAUUGUGUGUUCUCUAAAUAAUGUCAAUAAUUUUCUAAUUUUCAUGUAAAAAACUUUGUGUAUAAAUUUUUA